AUAAAUCUCUGUCCGUAACAGGCGAAUUUCACUGUUCUGAUUUUUGUUUUGCGAUUUUCUGUGGUUCAUCUGUACGAGUGCAUCCUGGCGUGCAUUAGCGUUGCCCAAAUGUGGUGCAGUGAUGGUGGAUUAGUGCAAACGCCCGAACGUGGCGGGAAGGGCUACGGUUGCGGCCGGGUACGGGCCCAUCACUUGUGAGGCUCCGUUUUGGUAAACGAAAGGAACGAAAAAAAAAAAAAAAAACGUAUGCAAACGAUGUGAGACUAGUGUCGGCAGGAAAGCUUUAGUUCACUGCAACAAAAUUCAUCGACCGGUUCGGAUAAACCAAGUUUUUGAAAACCUUUUCGGCAAGAAGUGCAGUUGCAACGCAGUUUCGGUUCAAUUUACUCAACACCUUUUCUCGCUUUGCGGAAAGUUUUCGAUCCGAAUUCGACUACCGGUGUAGUAGAGGGAGCAAACGAGCACCACGAGUGAAAUUUAUCGGCAGGUGAAAAAAUUCGUUACCCAAGCACCGGCAGAAUUCAGCGCGGCACGAAAAAAACUAAACAUUUUCCAAAAUUUAAAAUCACAUCGAAGAAAAAAACAACGCCACAAAGGUGGACAGGCCUCGGUUUAGGCAAGAACGUCGGAACCGUGGUGAGUUUUUUGUUGUUGUGUUGAAUACACCACCGAGGAAAAACCAACCCCCGGUGCAAGUGCGAACAACCCAAUCCGGCACGCGUUGUACCACCGUUUGGAAAUUGUGUUUAGUUCGAAAUUGUCCAUUUUUUAACUCCACUCCCCUGCGGCUCACCCGUCAGACGCGGCGUGAAGGGAGCAAUUAUUUUCAUAAAAAAAAACGCAACCGCCCCACUUCCAAACAAGCGCAAACGCGUAGAAGAGAUAAUAUUAAGAGUGCUUGAAGGUGUUAAAAUAGAAAGAAAAACAAAACCUCCCGCACAAUAAAACGUGUAACGAAGCCGCUCUAACUCAUACUGUCCGUGGUGAUACGCCGUACGCCGCCGUCGAAGAUCCACAGGAAAAUGCAUCAAGAUCGCAUGAAACGUCUCAGCAAGCUGUGCAACGGAUUAUCCCGGGCAGGAUGCAGAAUUGUGCGACAGUUGUGCUAAGCGCGUUCGAAUAGCUCCCUCGCGGGAAAUGAGCUAAAACGGAUCAAAAUAAUGCCAACAGCGUAACGUGAAGGUGCAAGAGUGUGCUGAUAUCGAUUUCGACAAAAAAAAACGAAUCCACUUGAUUUUGGCGUGAUUUUGGGCUACAGUAAAAUAAAAAUUCAAAAGUUUUGUGGAAAAAAGUAAAGAAAAGGAAAACGGAAGAGAAAAACCACGACGACGACGACGACGACGUUGAAACUAUUGUAACAUUUUCAACCAAAAUAAACAGAACACAAGCAAAUAUAAGAUAAAGAAGAGUGAAGGUGAAAAAAGCAAACCGUGUGAACACCGCGUUACACUAAAAUCCCCAUUUUCCGCGCGCGCGAAAACGGAUCACCCAUGUGAAGGUUAGCACCAUUUUCCGCAUUGCAUUUUACUCAAAAUUAACACUUUCGGCAUAUAAAAAGAGAAGAAGAAAAAAGGGGGGAGUCCUUUCGUCAACCAAACCCCUUCCCCAGCAUCGCUCGUUCGUGUAUGUGCGUAUGGAAAAGUCAUCUCUUUUGUUUUGAAAAUCGUUUCGCGUGUUGUUUCGGGCAUCGAUAUCGGGUGCGCAAAGUGAUUUUAAGUUAAUCCUCUGGUUUACAUGCGGUAACAUAACCACGACUGUAAAUUCCAAAACCAACCGUUUGCAAACUCCACGCAAACACACACUUCGGGGCAACAACGUUUCGGGCCAGCAAAAUUUGCCAAAACCUUUCGGAGCGGAAUCGUUUAUUGCUUUUAUUGUACCGCCGUCAAUUUUUACGUUUGUAAGCAAAAUCCGCGCGCGUUUGCUUACGUGUGUAUGUGUGUCUGUUUGUGCGCGAGUGCGUGUGCAGAAGCAGUGUGCAUUUGUGCGAAAGGUGUAUGUGUGUGCGAUCGCGCGCGCGCCUGUGUGAGUGUGUGGAUGCGUUCAUGUGCAUCCGUGUGCAGUAGCGAUCCAUUGAUCCUUUGAAGAGUCUUACGUACGUGGAAGAACGUCCUGCUAGUUUGUUAAGCUAGUUGGCAAAACGGAGCAUCCAGCGGGAGCAACAUCAGGGAAAAAAACAUACGACAAAACUGCAUCAUCGACGUUAAAGAUCUCAUCGACAACAUCGGUGGUGUGUGCCCCUAUAGUAUUGCAGUAACGAAAGAUCGUUCGCGGGAUAGCGAGACGCGAGGCGCGCAACUAGCAGCAAAACGAAACAGUAAGCGCCAGCGCGGCAUUAAGAAGCAUCACGGCAUCAUACAAGCGCACGGCCACCGAAUCAAAUCGCGCGCCCUUUAAGCAAUUCAAGACGGAGGAAAUUUAGUAACACUCCGUGUCACACCCCGCGUGCGUGUGCGGACCGGGUGCGUGUGUGAUAAACGUAUCGUUCUCUCGAUCAUCACGGGAAGCCCCACUGUCGGAACGCUGUGUCUACGGAAGGCAAACGGCACCAACAUGGAUCAACAACAGUACUGCCUCAAGUGGAGCAACUAUUCAUCCAACCUAGCGGCGGCCUUCUCGAACCUGUUCGAUUCCGCCACACUCACAGAUGUCACGUUGGUUUGUGGAGGGACCGUAUUCAAUGCUCACAAGGUCAUACUAGCGGCAUGUUCGAAAAAUUUUGCUGAUCUGUUCGAACGGGCCCCGGUUGGUACGGGGCAGAUCUGCGUUAUGCUGGAAGCAACAUCGGCAGACAACAUGCACGCACUGCUCGAGUUUAUGUACAAAGGCGAAGUACAUGUGUCACAGAAAGCGCUGGAAAGUUUUCUGAAAGCGGCUGAGAACUUGCAGGUCAAAGGACUCACAACAGAACAUGGUCGCUUUGCGAGCGCCAAUGCCAGCCAACCGUCACAAUCGCCGUUUCACGGCCCACCGAACGAUCUGCCAUCACCUGCCAUUCGCCGCCAGCAGCGCAACAGCCUCUCGUCCUCGCUGGAAUCGAUCAACCGGGCGGUAAAGCGGGAAACCGACAGUAUAGUCGGUAGUGCAAGUAGUGGUGGAAAUGGUUCCGGUAACACUGCCGGUUCCGGCACGGCCAAUGUUGGUAGUGGAGCGGAACGAGGUAGCGGCACGGAUCGCAACAGCGGUCGUGGUAGUGAUCGAGGCGAUGGUGGUGGUGGUGGAGGUGGUGGCGGCGGCGGAGGUGGAGGCGGUAAUACACCGGCAUCCAGUUUCUCCCCGUACCUGCAACCAUCGUCCUAUCUUCCAGGCACUUACGAAAAUCGAAAACGAUCACUGCGAAGUCCGUUCUACGAGCAUCAGGAAGCGACACGGGACAGUGUGCUGCGGGACGGGAAGGCGAGCGCGGGCAAUGGCAGUCCGGUAAGUGGCAGCAAAAACUAUCGACCGUCCAGCAGUGGUUCUUCGGCGACACCAACGGAAGCAGACACCGUACACACGGAUCGGGAUUCUCCGCAACAGUCCAAUCGGUAUGAAAAUCAUAGUCCCAGCACAACCCACCAUGGCCAUGGUAACGGACCGGUAUCUUCAAACACUAUGGAUCGAGAAGAUCGCAAUGAUCACAAUGGUUCAGUGGAUCACAAAGUGAAACACGAAAGUCGAGAGGGCAAUGAGGCUGGAGCGGAAGAUUUGCGUGUGAAAAUGGAAAUGCGACCCAUCCAGUCCCCGCUCAGGUCAUCGGCACCGUCUACACCAACGACACCGAUAGGAUUCAUCAAUGUGAAAGGUGGACUCGAGGCAGCGAUACCGUCAGUUGAUAUGCUGGGAAUGAUCAGCACACCACGGGAAAGCGUCACGACAGCGGAUGGUUUACUCUGCGUUCCAGGCAAAAAGCUACAAUGUCCAUUAUGCGAUCGACAGUACGGUUACGAGACGAAUCUGCGUGCGCACAUACGCCAGCGGCAUCAGGGAAUUCGCGUGCCAUGCCCGUACUGCAGUCGAACGUUUACCCGCAACAACACCGUCAGAAGGCAUAUCGCCCGGGAGCACAAACAGCAAACGCAGUUCAUGCCCAGCCAGCUACACAGCUAAGCUCAGCGUGUGUAGGACGUCGAAUUUGCUGCCCUCCUCUGUCUCCUUUACUUUCCCCUUUGCUUCCUUUCCCACAUCCAACGAUUCCUUCUACCCAGGCCCAGUUAUGCGGAUCGACCGUUGGACCGUUGUUGUUCCUAUAAUUAGUAAACGAAUUGUUGCAUUAUCGCAUUGUAGCCAUACCUCAGAGCCCCGUUCUUUGAACGCCAUCCAAAGAUUUUGAUGCAGUGGCCAGCAUGCCAGCCAUCUCAGAUACGGCCAUGGAGAGCAGAUGCUUGGUGUGUACCGCGUGUGCGAGACAAAUUGCACCUGUUUCGAAGACAAAUUUCCAUCGUCAGUUUAACAUCAAGUUCGAAGCAGUGGAGCCGUUUCAGCACAUCCGCAGCAAAACCCUACCCAAAAUGAGGUACCGUUAACCAAUACCAACAGAUUGGAACCACAACCCGCAAUGUGUGAUUUAUCGGUAAGAGCUGGGUGUAUAGAAGCGCCCUGUGGAAGAACGAGUUGAAUUGUCCCAGCAUCAUUUCCUUCGACGAAGGUGUUGUGAGUAACAGUUAUUCUCAAUAGCUAUCACAUUGUCACAACAAGAGAACGAAGGCGUGAUAGAGGGAACGAGAAUGCAUCAAAACAUCAGAAUCGCAACAUUUGGGAUGCUAUCGAUUGUUUCUAGAGAUGUGGUACACAGAAGCUAUCGCAUAAUCGUCACAGUAAUUAUGCGAUGGCACAUACGUACUGGCUACGUAGAUGGAUUGAAAAGCGUGACAGUAGAAGAUGGAAAGGAAAUUAUAUUAUAACUUGAACUGGAUUGGUAGAAAACUGAUAACUAGCUAAUUCACAACAGGGAAAAACUAUUUCCAGGUUUAACCUGAUGUUUUACUGCAAUAGUAUAAACGAACUUGAACACAAUUUAUUGCAAUAUCAACAAUGAAUGGAACUUUGUUUAUUAAGACAGAGUAAUUAUACUCUCACAGUAGUUCAAAUCCUUGGCUAUAUUUGAAAUCUGAAUCUUUUUCUUUUCCUUACAUAUAUUAUAUUAUUGCAUUUACUAUCGUCAACCCCCUAAUGUCAGAACGCAUGCGAUGAGGGAAACUUAUGUUGCAUGUAACGAAUACGGUUUUCAUUUUCACAGAGACAACAAAAACUAAACUCAGCAACAAUGACGGACAAUAGCUUUAUUUUACCAGUAUUUGGUAAUGCUACAAACUGAAAAUGUUCCGCGAUAAAGGUGACGCAUGAUUAUCUCUCCAUUAUUCAUGCUGAACAGAAACUUGCUUUAAUUUUACACUAAUAACAGCAAAUAUUACAAUCACCACAAGUGUCAUUAAUCAUCAAUUAUCUUGAGUGUAGGGGAUCGUUACUCUACCAAGCCAUGAAGCGCAAAACCCUAUAGCUAGGGUUCUAAUAGAAUCUUGCUUAUGUUACACACAAAGCCACAGACAGUAACUAUAACUCGAUACUGAUACAUAUAGAUAGAAAGAGAGUAGAAUAGUAGAGGUGAAUAGGUGAUAGAUGGUUAUACUUUUUUUGUUUUGUUUCCUAAUUAAAAUUCACUAGAACACAGAACCGCGGCAACACACGCGGUUUGGUUUUGUUUAAUAGUAUCAGAUUUGCAUUUCCUUUGAAAUGGCGAACGGUUCAUUUCAUACAGCGUGUUUGAUUUUGAUUCGCCGUUUCGUCGUUUCGCUUGAUAAUAGGGGUUUAGUUUUGAGUUUUCUUUCGCCAUUAGCAAUGUGCGAAAGAGCAUAGAAUCGGAAUUACAUACAUAUAAAUGGAUAUCUUAAAUCUUUGUAAUAGUUUCCCUAAUUUAACAAAGAAACAACGCAAUGGGUGUAGGAGUAAUGCAUACUUUUUAUGAAUAAUACAAAUGUACCUGCUGAUAAAGAGAUAGGGAAUCAGAUAUAGGAGAGUUGAAAUCGAUAGCUUAAUGAGAAAUAUUUAACUAUGCAUAUAUAUGAAAGUAUAUUUAAAACUAAUCUACAAAACCAUACUACAUGUACUUGAAAGGCAGUAGCAGAGAGCUAAGAGAGCUUGGAAUAGAGUGCGUGUGGCUGGCAGUGGAUAACAUCUGCCCGUUCAGCUGAUACAAAACCAACCGACGCAAAAGACACACGAUUCUUCUGGUGAACCGUUCGUCCGAUGCGAACAGGAUUCUUGAGCGGAUGCAAUUAGAAUUUGCAAGAUAAUCUGCUGCUGGUUCUGAAUAUCGUGCGGUAUUGAACCGAUUCUUGCAAAUGGUUGCUGGAAUCAAUUCUCUGUCAGAAAACCAUCUUCAAUAGAAGAGCGAACCUUAUGGAACAACAUGCAAUGGAAACUUGGUGCCUAUCAAAUAGAAGAUUCUAGUUUAAACAGUACUCUUACUAAUACAAAUACUUCUACGACUAUUGCUACUUCUACAUUAUGAUUACAUUACUUUUCCUGAACAUGAAGGCUAACUGAGUCGUUUUACGCGCGUGUUUGCUUUGUCUGCAAGCGUAUGCAACAGAUGAAACGUACCAACAUUGCAAGUUUCUUGCGAUCAUCCCAAUGGCAAGCAUUAUAAUUUUAUAUCAUUGCCAUCCGCCCGCAUACCCUUACUCAAUGCAAUAGAUAAUGGAACAUUUUUAUUGAUCUCAUUUGUAUAGCAUUACAGGUUUAUUUACGCCGCUGUUACAUUAUUUAUCUCAUAGCUCAGACGAAAAGCAAUGCUUUUCCAGCAAAAAACUGCGACUCACCGAAUGGAUUCAACUGUAUGUUAGUGAAGGUAUCAGAAUCUGCCAAUUCCAUUCAAGUUAUCUGUCGAAACCAUUCAACAUUAAAUGCAGAACUCGUUCCGGUUUUACGGGAUACAGAGUGUCUACAUUUUUGGGUGAAUAGAUUUGACUCUUAAGACCAAUUUCCAGGAAUCUUUAUUUUUCCCGGGGCGUAACCAAAAAAAUUGCCCUUCGUGCAACGCUAUCGGGCAGGAACGGGAACAAUGAAACAAUCCAUCUCAAUCGUUAACAUAAAUGACAUUCAAACAAUGUUGUGACAUGUGAAGGGUUUUGAGCUGCAUUAGUAACAAGAACAAGAACACAGCUGAAUUAGUUAAAAUGUGAACAUAUAACACAGUGGUGAAGCCUUUUAAAUGAUGUAACGAAUAGAGGCAAGCAAGGACAUGAGCUAGACAAUUGGAAUAAUUGCAGUUUAAUUGGUGCAAAUAUUUAAACAUGAUAGUAAUACAACCGGAAGCACGAAUUCGGAAUGUUCACGAGCGCAUUUUCAGCAUGGGUGGAGUUCCGUUGUUUUUUUUUUAUUUUUAUAAAUGCUACCAUUUUUACUGUUAUAAACUAAACCGAAGUUACCGCAACAUGAAAUACCGGAAGGUUAGUAGAGGCAAAACAGUAAUUGAAAAGAUGCUAUCAACGUUUGUUAUAUUAUCGUAGUAUAACACAGAUGAAUUUUAUUUUUGCGUACAAUAGCUUUGUAAGGAUUUGUUUUAUGAGUUUUCUCAUCUUUUUCUAUUUCGUUUUUACACAGCUGUACACAGAUUCGUUUGAAGUUUUCAUGCGAGACAUUUGUUUUAUGUAAAGAACUCGAACACCCACUGAAAAUGAAGAGAAUAACAUAACAAAGGUAUGCUUCCCUCGAACCUCUUCCCUUAAGUUUGACGUCAAACGCUUAAAUGAAAUAGAAUCUGUUAGUUCAAUUUUUAAAGAGAAUCAUAUAGUUAAAACACCGUCACAUCAGAAGAUGUGUCAUGGCCGAUAUUGAUAAUAGUUGUAUUAGCACACGAAAUACCGAGCCGGGUAAGCGCCGCAAUAAGACAAAUCUGAAUACAUCCCCAAAAUGCAGGAUGUGCUACCCAGCAGAAUUAUGUUUCUUGUUAAAAAAUAGCCUGUUUCUGUUUCUAGUGCUACAACUACUGUUUAAUUUUGAAUGCACAUUUUGUCCCCCUUAUCCCCCUUAUUAAAACUGUUUACUCAACUGUUAUAAACAAGAGACAAGACGAAGUGGGCGGUAGGUGUAAAAUAUCGUCGAUUGAUAUUGCAAGCAAUUUACAUGAAGAAAGACAACUGCCAAUUAAAACGGGUCUAUUUUUCCGCUAGGCAUUUCGCAAUGCAUCGUAAAAUGGUCUUUGAUUUACAUAUUGUCUAAACACAACACUGCUCUAGGUAUUAUUCGUUUCGAAUGCUGUAAAAGUUUUACUUCCCUUUCGUUUCAUUCGUUAUCACAAUCUGUACAACUGGUUUCUUCCAAAGCGAAAGCAUGAAUGAAAAAAAAAUAACUAAGAUAAGCCGUAAUGAUAGAAGGAGGAAAAGAAGUAAAACACACAAAAACAAAAGAAAACCAUGAAACAAACUCGAAACAUAAAAAAACAUUUAGCCUAUGCAGCGAUAACAAUGAUAAGCUAUCAUGAAUUAAAAAUAAAAGAAGACAAAUGAGAAACAUAA